UUGGGAGCUCGCACUGCGUUUCCGCGCUGUCAUUGUUUCCGUUUCCACCACAGAGGAGCCUCACGCCUCCGCAUAUCUUUUUUGUUUUUUGUUUUGCCUUGAAUCCGUUAAGUUAGUUUGGGCUUUCUGGAGUUUGAGCAGGGUUGAUAUCUUUUUUUUUUCCAACCAUGGGGGACAUCGAGGCUCCCGACUCGAAUCGGCCGCGCCAGAAUGUCCUGCUCUCUGUUCUCCCGAGCAAAGAGUUCGCCUCUUCAAGGAAAGGAAUGCUGCUUAUUGCUGAAGUGGCGCUGUCCUUUGUGUCAUUUGUGUGUUUCGCGGCAUCAACAGCAGCAGCCUUUGUGACAGUUCCUCUGCUGGAGUUCCUAGCUGCUCUCUUCUUGUUGUUCGCUUACUCGACCAAAUUCAAUGAGAGGUUUAAAGGCUUCCUUUGGCCUCUUAUGGAUUUUAUGAGAUGUGUCUCUGCCUCCAUUAUCUUCUUCAUUAUCUCGAUAAUUUCAGUAUCCAAAUAUGUGGACGGUUCCGCGAAGGCUGCUGGGAUAUUUGGGUUCAUUGCCACCAUCGUUUUUGCUUUAGAUUUCUACUUCAUUUUCAAUGAGCUGGCCACUUUCCUAAAGCAAGGAGGAGGGGAGACCAAUGAGGAGCCAUCAAGAAACCAAGAUGAGUUUUCAGACUCUGAUUCGGACUGAGACCACGGACCACCACCAGGAGGAGAUCCACCAGCUGACACGUUUGAUCAUACAAAAUAAAACUUUGCAGGACAAAUUUCCACAGCUAAGCUCCCAUCUGCAAAUAUGUGCAAGUGUUUCAUUAUGUCACGCGGUCACAUUGCUCAUUGGUUAAUUCUAAUAAUUAUGUGCAUUUAUUGGUAGUUGGACACUCUCCAUAUAGUUCCUUAGAGCCAAACAUGUAUAAAGAGGGGAUUCUGACACUCCUGACUUAUCCUCUUUGAAUUAUUCUGUUGAGCAUCCAUUCAAGGCUUUCAGGAAACAAGUCUAAACUGACUUGACAAAUAUGUUUGUCUUUUUGAGUUACUAAUUUACUGGUCAUUACAAGUUGUUUAUAAAGUAAUGCAAAAUCUUCUCUGUUCUUUUUGUGCCCAAACUCAUAUUCAGUGUCUCAAAUAAUUUGGAGAAAAUAUAAAUGCAAACUUAAAUGAUCAUAAAGCUGCAAAAUUGUUUGGUCUCAUGAUACUGAGUUCGCAGAAGCUAUUUGUACCAUCCACACUUGGGAGCAUAGGUCUAAACCUGAAAUAAUGAUUAAUACUGACUUUUGGGCACGUACUG